UAGAUUAUCCAUUAUUUGAUUCUCGAAUUCUUGUUUUAGAAGAUAAAUUUAAUCUUUAAAGAUUAUAAGCAUGCAUACUAAUAUCUUUUUUAUAAAUAAGAAUACCCUUGAAUUCGUUCUUUUAACUCAUCUCCUUCACAUACUCUCUCUUUCACAAAAGAAAUAAACAAAUUUCGAAAAUGGAUUCUAUGACAAAACUCGUCGUCCCACUUUUACUCGUCUUUUUCUCUUCUCUCCUCUUUGGAGAUAUCAAUGGAGUAGAGAGCUCAAAACAGCAGUACUCGUACGGUUCAACAAAGCUAUUUGCGUUUGGAGAUUCUUACGUCGAUACCGGAAACAUAAAGAAACAGGAAGCUGUAGUCCCAUGGGCAUUUCCUUAUGGUAACACAUACCCCGGUACACCCUCCGGCCGUUUCUCUGACGGCCGUGUCUCUACCGAUUAUCUAGCCACCAAAGUACUGAAGAUAAAAACACCCAUCCCUUAUCAAUGGAAAGAUCACGCGGGACACGAACGGUUACAGUACGGAAUGAACUUUGCGGUCGGAGGAACCGGAGUCUUCAAAACUACGAGUUCAAAUCUCAAUAUGACGUAUCAGAUUAAUCUCUUUGAGCAACUCAUCGGCGAUGUCUACUCUCCAUCCGACCUUUCUUCUUCCCUCGCACUCGUCAGUGUUGCAGGCAAUGACUAUUUAACUUACGUCUCCGAACAUGGCGUAGACUUAGGCAUCUUUAUAUUCAUGAAGCGAGUCAUCCAUCAAACCGAGGUGAACUUGAGGCGGAUCCAUGCCUUGGGAGUGAAGAAGGUAGCAAUACCGUUAUUGCAGCCGCUCGGGUGCCUCCCCCUCUUCGCCAAAGACUCCUCGUACCAGAAGUGCAGCGACAUUAUAAACGCGUUUGUAAUCAUACACAACAACGAGUUGAAGAAAGUAGUGGCCAAUCUCAACAAGGAGACCAAGCAGUCGACUUUCAUGGUCAUUGACUACUACAACGCCUUCUUGACCGUCUUCAAAAAUAAAGGAGAGAAGCCAGGGAGUCAAAGGUUUGAAACUCCUUACAAAGCAUGUUGCGGAGGCCUUUGCGGGUCUGUGGACAAGAACGGCCAGAAGAACUAUACCUUAUGCGAUGAUCCUACGUCUUCUUUCUUUUGGGAUGGACUUCACCCUACACAGGAAGGAUGGAAAUCGGUUUACUCCGUUUUAAAUCUAACAGCACUUUCGAUUUAAUCGAAAACCAAAAUGUGUUUAAGAUUUCAAAAUUUCUUCAUAUAUAUCGUACUUAAGUGUUUUUGUUAUGUCUACGUCUUUUGAUUGUGUCUUUCUAUCAUUUCUGCUUGCAAGGCUUUGUGCCUCUAUCAUUUUAUUUUGUGUUUAAGAAUAAAAGUGUAACCUUUAAGAUUGAAAUAAAACACUCUUACACA